UGGGUCUUCUGUUGAAACGUUGAUAGCAAGUUUCCAACCUCAAUCUAUCCGUGGUCGGCGUUGGCAGUCAUAAUGUCGUUUUGCUUUAACUUCGACCUUCCUGCACAAACAACAAACUCCGACGACGUGGACGGAAAUAAGUUGCAAAAUGGAAAGAAAGACGAGGCUAUCAAAGAUAACACCAAACCAACAGAACCAGUGAAAGAGGCCAAAGAGCACCUUCCACCAUCUGACCCACAGUUCCUCCUCGCGGAUGCUGUCUUUGAAACGGUUUCCAUUGGAACUCUUCCUCCUCUGCACUUUCUGAACGAGACCGUUUUUGAGAAGACGGCCUCGGAGAGAGAGGACGACGAGAAUAUUCUCUCUCGCACGGCAGAGCAGAGGUCUGAUCUCAUCUCUGGCGUGUACGAGGGAGGGCUGAAGGUGUGGGAGUGCACGUAUGACCUCCUGGAGCAGAUUGAGAAAGACGGAGAGACCUUUGGGGGGAAGGCGGUUUUGGAUUUGGGCUGUGGUGCCGGACUGCUGGGAAUACUGGCUCUGAAGAGAGGAGCCACACAGGUCCACUUUCAAGAUUACAACAGUACUGUCAUUGAACAGCUCACGGUGCCAAAUGUAAUGCUGAACUGCCAAGAGGACGAUGAAGCAGACAGUGACGAUGACAACGGAGGGAGAGGCGAGGGAAACGGACAGGAGGAAGAUGGUUGUAAAAAGAAGGCAAAAACAAAAGAGGAGGUAAAGGAAAGCAACCCCCCGUCAAAGAAAAGAGCUGUAGACCUCUCCCAGCACCCAUUACUGACUAGGUGUCAUUUCUUCUCUGGUGACUGGAGCACAUUUCUUGGUUUGGUUCUAAAGACGGACACACACCCCAAAUUUGACAUUAUAUUCACUUCAGAGACAAUCUACAACACUGCAUACUACCCUGUGCUACAUGAAACCCUCCACAAGCUGCUGGCACCAGAUGGACUGGUGUACCUGGCCACCAAAUCCCACUACUUUGGUGUAGGUGGUGGGCUACAUCUGUUUGAGACGUUUGUGGAGCAGAAGGGUACUUUCUCUCUGGAUCACUUGUGGGAUGGAGAAGAAGGCCUUCAGAGACAUGUAGUGGUGCUGCGAUUUAAAAAGCCAAAGGAUACUUGAAUGAGGACUGUCAGGGACUCGUGUAAUAUGUUAACCCUCUGAAUCCCAUUUUUACUCACUGUGGCCUCAUUUGUACUCUAAUAUAAAGUCCUGCAAUAUAACAAGACCAUCAUGACAUUAUAUUCUUAAAAAAUAAAAAAAAGGUGUUACCAACACUGAAAAAACAGUGGCUCUACAUACUGUAGAUGUUUCACUACCUACAUUUUAAAUUUGUUUCCAUAAAUGUUUGCUACCGACUCAGAAUUUUUGUCACGUGAUUGUUGGUUGCCGUUGAAUCACUAAUGACUUCAUAGUUUUACCCUGGAACACAGAAUGAUGAUUUUUUUUCUUUUUUAGGAUAACAUGCCUUUCAAACCCACUGUUGGUUUUGAGGUUCCGAGAGUUAAAACGAAUUUAUUGAUGGGGCAGAUAAAUAAAAAAAGAUAUCAGUAUUGUCUUUAAUUAUGCUACGUAAACCUUGUAUAAUGUCUGUUAAAGCAACAGUGGUACAAACAAGGAAAAGCUGUAAUAAAAAAUGCUGUCUCAUCUCCUA